UUUUUUUUUUUUUUUUUUUUUUUUUUUUUUUUUUUUUCUAAUUUCAUAACUAAAUUAAAAUGUUUGGUGUCAUUAGAUCAAUUCCAAGAGGAGCUAGUCGUUUACCGUUAACAGCAAAGAAAGGGCAUAACUUUUAUAAAGGUACUGGUUCGGGUGCCAUGGGUCGACACACAAAACAUGGAGGAUAUAUGAUUGAUUGGAAUAAAGUUCGAACAUUUGUUGUGCCAGAUCUUGAGAAUUUCAAUCUUGGUCCUUAUGUUUCUCGUAAAACACCUUAUUUAGCAAAAAAGCCAACUAAUGUGAAUACCGAUUAGAAAAAAAAGAAAAGAAAAAAAAACUGUACAAAAUAUAUUUAUAUUAUACUUGAAAUUUUAUUUUAUUUAUAUAAACAUGAAAAGAUUAGUUCGGACGCUUAACGUCCUUGUAUUACUUA